AUGAAGGCAUACGUAGUGAACAAAUGGCUGAAAGAUGUAUCUGAUCUUGAAUUGAAGCAGGUACCAGACCCAAAGUGCCCCGAAGAUGGGUUGGUUGUGAAGAUCCUCGCCACAGGAUUGGAGUUCUAUGAAAUAUUGCAAAUCAAGGGACAAUACCAAUACAAACCUGCUUUCCCUUUCGUCCCUGGUUCUCAAUUUGCUGGUAUCGUUGUUGAAGUAGGACCAAAGCAAUCAAACUUCAAACUCGGUGAAAAGGUCUUUGGAUCUAAAGGUGGUAUUGAUGUGUGGGCUGAAAAGAUUGCUCUCACUGGCGCAAUAACAUCUCGAUUACACCGAGUUCCCAGCAACUUGACUAUGGGAGAAUGUCUCACUGUUCAAUCUGCAUUCCCUACUUCAUACGUUGCCUUGACAACUCGAGGUGAAGUCAAGAAGGGCGAAGUCGUCUUGGUUCACGCAGCUGCUGGUGGUAUUGGGCUUGCUGCUGUCCAAUUGGCAAAAUACUUGGGCGCAUUCGUCAUUGCUACGUGUGGAUCUGACGACAAGUGCAAAGUCGCUUUACGUGAAGGUGCCGACCACGCAAUCAACUACACAAAGGAAAAGGACUGGCCAGCUCUUGUAAAUGAAAUCACGAAAAAGAUCCCAGGCAGAAGAUGGGUUGGUGCUGAUGUCGUUAUUGAUCCCGUUGGAUUGGUUAUUCCUUCUACCAAAUGUAUUGCUUGGAAUGGACGUAUUGUCGUGGUUGGAUUCACUUCUGGCAGCAUUGAAAAUGUUCCAGCCAACCGAUUGCUCUUGAAGAACGCAUCAGUAGUAGGAAUCCACUUGGGAGCCUACUCAAUCCACGAACCAGAAGUCCCUGCUCGAGCAUGGACUGAAAUAUUCGAUAUCUUGGCCACAAACAAGUUCAAACCAGCAGUAUACACUGAGCAAAAGUUUGUUGGUUUGGAAUCUAUUCCAAAGGCAUUGGCUGAUUUGGGUGCAAGAAAGACUUGGGGUAAAGUCAUUGUCGAGUAUGAGCCCAAUGCAGAGACCUACUCUGCCAGGCUUUAA